AUGUACAUUCCACAGAAACGGGCUCUUAGCCACAAAAAUAGCAUCUUUAUCGUUUGUGCUGCCUGCAUCAUCUUCAUCCUCGCCUGUUGCGUGUGCUUCUAUUUCGGCGCUCGAUGGCUACGUCAGCGACACUACAACCCGAAGUAUAUCCCCGGGCAAUUCUUGAAAAGCAAAUGGAAACACUGGUGCCCCGGUAGCGCCUCCUACGGUCAAGUCCCAAAUCCUCGAGCUCAAAAUGCGGAUGAUACUGCGUAUCAUGGGGGCGGAGGAACCCCAGAAAUGACUACCGUCACCAACAACGCCGGCGUCCAACGUGAAACUUCCGUCCGAUCCAUCAUGACCCUGCCGCCCUACUCCGUCACCCCAAAACCGACCGAGCAAGUCGUUGCCCGCGAGGGCGAACGAGGUGGCAUGGACAUGGUUGUGGAGUUCCCCGAGACGGUUGAUGAGCAGGAACAACGCCGCGAAGAACAAAUGGAAUCUCUCUACCAGCUUCGUCUGCAGCGGCGCCUGGAACACGCCGAACGAGAGGCCCGUCGGCGUGAUAGACGGGAAGCACGAGCUCGAGGUGACUCAGCGCGUCUGGAGCAAUUGGCAGCGGAGUCCCGCGCCCGAAACAAUCGUCGGCAUGGAGCCAACGGCAGCAACACUUCUCUCAAUGCAGCAACAAUCAUUGCCGAGCACCAGUCUCGUGAGCGGGAUAGACGCAUAUCCAGCGUCAGCUAUGCUUCAAUCGGUCAUGUCCGCCACGACGGCUCGCGUCUUCGAGCCAACUCCCACGACUCGGAUCACCACCCGCUCCUACCGAAUGCCGUCGUGGAUUCAUCAUCUUCCUCAUUGAUGGACCCACCUAGCGUGCGCUCACGAGUUCAAUCACUCACAUCCUCGAUCUUGACGGCAUCAACAUCCAUGAUCGAAGCCGAGCCACUAUUUCUCCGUCCAACAUCAACUCACCUGUCCAGCCGCCCAGCCUCAGUCUCUCAGCCCGACGAAGGCGACCUAGGCACUCUGAACAUCCCCCCGCCACCAGAGUACGAGCAUCUAGACUGGGGCGAUGCACCCGCAUAUGAAAGUCCGACACGCGAACGCCACGCAAGCCCCAGCCCCAGCCGCCAACUUCCCCAAUUAUCCCGCCUGCCCUCCAUCCACGUCGGCAUGGCCUCGCCAAUAGCAGUCUCCCCAGUAACCCCAACUUCGCUUCGAGGCUUCGAGCUGGAUAGUAACCCGCCGACACCGCCAACCCCGGCGGGCCCGAUCCCAGCCGUCGUUUCGUCUACCUCCACAAGACGUGCCCCUGUUUCAUGA